AUGGGUAUCUGGGGAGAUGGAAGCGAUGGCAUGGACUGGCUCGAUGUUCGAAAGUCAGGACCGUGCGAAAUUAAUUGGGAAGAAGUAAUAUGUCCAUCUCAGAUACUCGACAUGAAGAGUCACAAAAAUUCACUUUCCCGGAGAAUAACCCUGGAUACCUACUAUGAGGUAGUCAUGACUCUAUGCUGGAUGACUGUAUCAACACCGCCCUUCGGCUCGAACAAGCUCACGUCGGGUCUCCCUAGCCAGCUUCCAAUACCGUCAAGUCUCGAACUUCUUUUUUGUAAUACAAAAAUGGCGGUACUGUAUUUGGCCAAAGCCCGCUCUGGCAUCCAGACCUCGAGGUAUUACAAGAUCGGUCUCCCAUUUCUCCCAUCGCACUAUUCCCAAUUGGGAUUCAUUGAGCUGACCUACACCCGUAAAGGCGCACGCCGCCCCACCCUCAAGUCACAUCGAGCCGGCCCAAUCCAAGCGCGGCAACGGGAAGCGAAUGCGCCCUUUUCCUACCGGCAAUGGGAUGAGUCAGAACGGCUGCCUGGAUAA